AAAAUCUUUGACGCCACUGCAGGACCAUUUCCGUUCUUGCCCUCCAAAGUCUACCACUUUGCUAGUGAUCGUUUCAUUGACGCCUCAGUCGCUGUGCAAGACCAAGUCCUGUCAUGGCUGGAGAUCCUUACUGCUGUCGACGUCAGCAUCCCCAUGAAGGAACUUUUAACCAUGUUCCGCUACGGAACUGCUGCCUUCGCAAAGCAUAACAAGUUCUACGAGUAUGUAUCCACAGUCGAUCAUCGAGACAUGAACCUGAGUGAUAGCGACUGCGACGACCUCACUUACUCCGACUGUGCUAGUCCAGGAUCGGAUUAUUUGGAUGACUGCUUUGACGAGGAGGACGAGCAAGAUAGCUUAGGAGAAAGCGCUUCUGAUGGCGAAUCUCAGCCAAGAGGAUUGCAUGAGAAAGCUGGUCAGGGUAAUGAUGAUCUCUCUAUUGAAGAAAAAGCAGAUGAUUAUUCGGAGUAUGCGGAUGAUGAAUCAACCGGUCUGCUCGCCUCCGAUGGGCAACCUACUAAAAAAGGUGCUAUCCGUUUCUUCCUGAGCGAAAAAAAGUCCACGAAACAGACAAGUAAUACAGAGAAGCAAAGGAAAGAAGUUGAAGAUACUUAUGCCACACGCGAAAUUUUUCCAUCUAAGGAGAAAAAGAGGUCGAGAAACACCAAACGUCAGUCGAGGCGAUACUCCGUGCGUCAGGAUGACCAGCGAAAAAUCUCCCCCAGACGCAAGAAAACCAUCCUCUACCGGGCUACACGGUGCUUAGGACUGAUGUUAGACCUCUUAGGCAAGCAGGUCUGUUGGCGAUUUAUACCAUUUUUGUUUUUUAUGUCAUAA